GCUACAUGGCAAGUCGCACGGCCACUGACGAAGUAGAGACUAGGGAUAGUUGAGAGCACACUGCUCGCAGUCACAUUAAACUGGAAAGCCACGUUGAGCCUGGCCGGCAUCAGGCAGCGCACCCGGCCCACGACACAGUAGCCGGGGAGAAGAGGAAGAGAGUCUGAAACGUGUUAGCGAGGCAGUGAAGCUCAGCAACAAUGUCCGGGGUAAAAAACAGACAUUCGAACUCCUCGUUAAGCAAGGAGGAGGACCAGCAAGUGACGGAGAGGAUGCUGGGCAGCGGUACGGAGAAGGGGGACGCCACAGCCGGGAGCCCCGCCAAAAAGGCGGCGGGCGAGGAAACAGUCGUGUUAAAGAGAACCAUCACCCUGACGAACGGCGUGGCCAUCAUCGUGGGCACCAUCAUCGGCUCCGGCAUCUUCGUCACGCCGUCCGGCGUGGUGAAAGAGUGCGGCUCCGUGGGUCUGUCCCUGGUGGUGUGGGCGGUGUGCGGGGUCUUCUCCACCGUGGGAGCGCUGUGUUACGCGGAGCUGGGGACCACCAUCAGCAAGUCAGGGGGGGACUAUGCCUACAUCUUGGAGGUGUACGGCUCCCUGCCGGCUUUCCUGAAACUCUGGAUUGAGCUGCUCAUUAUCCGCCCGUCCUCCCAGUACAUAGUCGCUUACGUUUUCGCCACCUACCUCAUCAAGCCGCUGUUCCCCGUGUGCCCGGUACCGGAGACCCCGGCUAAACUCGUGGCCUGCCUUUGCAUCCUGUUGUUGACAUUUGUGAACUGCUACAGUGUGAAGGCAGCCACCAGAGUCCAAGACUUCUUUGCUGUGGCCAAGCUGCUGGCUCUUGGCCUUAUCAUCAUCAUUGGCUUCAUCAAGAUUGGCCAAGGUGAGGUUGAUUCUCUUCUCCCAGAAAAUUCCUUCAAGGACUCCAAAUAUGAGUUUGGUAAUAUUGGACUGGCGCUCUACAGUGGCCUUUUUGCCUACGGUGGCUGGAAUUACUUGAAUUUCGUCACAGAGGAGAUGAUCGAUCCUUACAAAAACUUGCCUCGAGCCAUCAUCAUCUCUUUGCCAAUUGUGACAGCGGUGUACGUCCUCACCAAUCUGGCGUACUUCACCACCCUCUCCCCAGAACAAAUGUUCAACUCGGAGGCUGUGGCUGUGGAUUUUGGCAAUACCCACCUGGGUCCGAUGGCAUGGAUCAUCCCGGUGUUUGUGGGGCUGUCCUGCUUUGGUUCAGUCAACGGUUCUCUCUUCACGUCAUCCAGGUUAUUCUUUGUGGGCUCACGGGAAGGUCACCUGCCCUGUCUGUUGUCAAUGAUCCAUCCAACCCUGAUGACCCCACUUCCUUCUCUUCUAUUCACUUGUCUGAUGACGCUGCUCUACGCCUUCUCCAGCGACAUCUUCUCUGUCAUCAACUUCUUCAGCUUCUUCAACUGGCUUUGCAUUGCCAUGGCGAUUGUUGGGAUGAUGUGGCUCCGUUAUAAGAAGCCUGACCUCGAACGGCCAAUAAAGUGGUCAGAAUUUGAAAAUUGA